AUGAAAUUUAUCGUAUUCGUUUUGCUCGUAGCCGUCGCUUUGGCUGAGGUCCACCCAGUCAACGACGACAUCGUCAGAGAGAUCAAGGAGACUGCCACCUGGACCCCAAUGGAGCCAGAAGAGAACCCAUUCGCUUACAUGUCAGUUGAACAAAUCAAGGGAAUGAUGGGAACUAAGCUCAGAGUCUAUGAAGACACCAACGAAGAGAUCACUGCUGAUAUCCCAGCUGAAUUCGACUCCAGAACCGCCUGGCCAGGAAAGGUUCACAACAUCAGAGACCAGGGAGCCUGCGGAUCCUGCUGGGCCUUCGGAGCCACUGAAGCUCUCUCCGACAGAUUCAACAUUGAGCACGAUAUGGAUAUCGUCCUCUCUCCACAACACCUCGUAUCCUGCGACAGAUCCAACUACGGUUGUAACGGAGGAUACUUAGACAAGGCCUGGAAAUUCAUGAAAGAUACCGGUGUUGUCCUCGACUCAUGCAUGCCAUACACUUCUGGAACCACCGGAAAGGAUGGAGAAUGCUUCACCCACUGUACUUCUGAGACUGAUGAUGAAUUCAGAAAAUACAAUUCUGACAAAGCCACCAUGACUAGAAACGUCCAAAAGACCCAGCAAGCCAUUAUGGAAGAAGGACCAGUCGAAGCUGCCUUCACUGUCUACCAAGACUUCAUGAGCUACAAGGGAGGUGUCUACAAGCACACCACUGGAUCCAUGCUCGGAGGACAUGCCAUCAAAGCUAUUGGAUGGGGAGAAGAAGAUGGAACUAAAUACUGGAUUAUGGCCAACUCCUGGGGAACCGGAUGGGGAGAAGAAGGUUUCUUCAGAAUCGCUAUGGGAGACUGCGGAAUCAACAACCAAAUGACCUUCGGCCUCGCUCAUAAGAAUUAAAGAAUCUGUUAUUCUAAAUAACUUGUUCUAGUAAAACUA